AGGUUGUAUAUGAAUAUAGGUGCACGUUACAUUAACGGCUUUAAUUUAAUGUGCGUCAUGGAUUUUGGAGAUAUUGAAAGCAAAUAUUCAUCUUCGAAUCUCUUCAAUAUCAUGCAUGUAUGCGAGAACGGUUUCUCUCAGGACGCGCAAUAUCGACCGCGUAAAUCUCCGCGUAAGAGGCUCAAAAUAACUCGAAUGUCGACGUCGCUGGUGAUCGAUCAGCUGAAGAGUGUCUUUUGGUAUCCUGACGAUUUUAUGUCACGCGUAAGAACACGUCGAAACUGGCGUCCAGAAUUUCUAAUGAAGUAUUUUCGCGAUAAUCGACGCGGUCGUAACGAGGGACGUGACGUAAUAUUGCAACACGGUAAAAAAAUCCUCGUCCCUGAAGCUCCCAAAAUCUAUUCCAUCGGCUUACAUUCUGGCGCGAGAAGCUUGAUUGAUAGUAGCGAUCUCUCAAACUCGUGCGGUGCGAUAACAAACUUUAAGAAACGUUUUAAUAUCGUUCGCAGGUAGCAAUAUUUAAUCUUGAUAAAUUUUAAGUUAA